GAUGGAUAGAGUGUGCCUGUGCUGAGGAUGGAGAAGAAAGUGUGUGUGAUCCAAACUGACUUCCAUCAGUACUGUCCCAUCAUCGCCAUCCACAGCAAGCCACUGGUACAUGAGCAGGAAAGUGUGCAGCAGGCUGAGAAGCGCUGUGUACAGAUGGUCCAAUCGAGGAGGGAGCUGGAGGCCCAGGUGGCAGGGCUGGAGGAACGUCUGGAGGAGGAGGAGCGGGCCGCCGCUCAGCUCGCCUCCCAACGUCAGAGACUAGAAGCUGAGUGCUGCAGUCUGCGCCGAGACCUGGAGGAGCUGGAGAACACGCUGACUUCAGUGGAGAAGGACAAGCAGCAAGCCAUCGAGGACUUGCAGAGUGAGGAAGAGAAGGUGAACCUCCUGACCAAAGAGAAAGCCAAGCUGGAGCUGCAGGCAGAAGAUUUGGAGUAUCUACUGGAGCAGGCGAGGAAGCAGAGGACGGAUUUGGAGAAGAGCAGAAGGAAGUUGGAAGGUGACAGUAGGAAUACAAUGGACAAUCUGACUGAAAUGGGCCGUAUGAGAGCCAGCCUGGAGGAGAUCAUCAAGAAGAAAGAUGUGGAGAUAAGCACCACCAGCAGCAAGCUGGAAGCUGAGGAAAUGCUAAACGCAGGGCUGGAGAGGAAAAAUAAAGAACUCCAGGUCCGCAUUGAGGAGCUGGAAGAAGAACUGGAGACAGAAAGAGUCUUACGAGCCAAGGUGGAAAAGCAGCGAGCUGACUUGAAUCGUGAACUGGACGACAUGACCGACAGACUGGAGGAAUCAGGUGGGGCCACGGCCUCUCAGAUGGAAAUGAAUAAGAAACGUGAGGCGGAGCUACAGAGGCUCAGAAGGGAACUUGAAGAAUCCUCGGUGCAGGCAGAGGCGGUAGCAGCCGCUCUGAGGAAGCGUCACAGCGAUGCCCUGGCCGAACUAGGAGAGCAGUGCGAGGGCCUGCAGAGAACUCGAGCCAAACUGGAAAAGGAGAAACAGAGCCUCAGACUUGAGGUGGAUGACUUGGCGGCUUCACUCGACACCCUACAGAUGGCUAAGGCAUCCACUGACGCACAGCUGAAGAAACUAGAAGACCUAAUGUCUGAGUCAGGCUGUAGAAAUGAGGACCUGCAGAGAGCUCUGAAUGAGGUUACUGCUGCUAAGAACAGACUCACAGCUGAGAAUAAUGAGCUAACAAGGCAGAUGGAGGAAGCAGAGAACAAGGGAAGUCAUCUCAGUCGAACAAAAAGUCUCUUGAUGACCCAGCAUGAGGAUCUCAAGAAGCAGUAUGAUGAAGACGUCAAGGCUAAAGCGGCCCUGAUCAGCAGUAUGACAGCAAUGCGUCAAGAGUGUGAAGUGCUCAAGGAGCAACUGGAAGAGGAGCAGGAGAGUAAACAGGAACUACAGCGUCUCGUCUCCAAACUCAACAGCGACGUUACACAAUGGAGAAGCCGGCACGAAGCAGAUGUCAUCCAACACAGCAACGAACUAGAGGAAACCAAGAAGAAGCUGACGGUUCGACUGCAGGAGGCAGAGGAGGCAGUAGAGGUCACGCAGGCCAAGUGCUCCAGUCUAGAGAAAACCAAACAGAGACUGCAGGGAGAGGUGGAGGAACUGUGCGUGGAUCUAGAGAAGGCGAACAAUGUGGCAGCAGUGCUCGAUAAAAAACAAAGGAUGCUGGACAAACAGUUAAGUGACUGGAGACAGAAGUGUGAGGAGCUGCUGGCUGAAGUGGAGAACUGUCAGAAAGAGAGCCGACAGCACGCCGCAGAGCUCUUCAAGCUGAAAACGGCUCAUGAGGAGGCCUUGGAACAGGGCGAGGCUCUGCGAAGAGAAAACAAGACCUUACAGGAGGAGAUUACUGAUCUUACUGACCAGCUCUCAGAUGGAGGAAAGAGCGUUCAUGAGCUUCAGAAGAUGAAGAAGAAAAUCGAGAUGGAGAAGGAGGAACUGCAGGCGUCACUGGAGGAGUCUGAGGCGGCGUUAGAGGCUGAGGAGACAAAGGUUUUGCGUCUUCAGCUGGAACUGUCUCAAGUUAAAGUAGAUAUGGACCGCAGACUGCAGGAGAAAGAAGAGGAGUUUGAAGCCACGAGAAAGAGCCACCAGAGGGCACUUGAGUCCCUGCAGGCCAGUCUAGAUGUGGAGCUGAAGGGCCGCACGGAGGCAGCCCGUGUCAAGAAGAAGAUGGAGAGUGACCUUAGUGAGCUGGAGGUUCAGGUGGACCAGCUGAACAAAAACAACGGCGAUCUAAUGAAGAACAUCAAAAAGAUGCAACAACAAAUUAAGGACCUCCAGGUACAGCUGGAGGAGGAGGCACGCAUAAAGGAGGAACUAAGAGAGGAGCGGACUCUACUGGAGCGCCGCUGCACCCUGCUGGUUACUGAAGGAGAAGAGAGUCGUGCCUCACUGGAGGUAGUGGAGAGGAGCCGUAAGGCCCUAGAAACAGAACUCCAGGAGACUUCAGAGAGAUACAAUGAGCUUGACAACCAGUUACAGUCUGUAUCCAGUGGAAAGAGGAAGCUGGAGGUAGAUCUACAGCAGCUCACACAAGAACAUGAGGAACUGCUGGGUGAACUGAGAACAGCCAAUGACAAGGCCAAGAAAGCGGUCUGUGAGACUGCACGUGUGGCGGAGGAGCUGCGUGUGGAGCAGGAGCACACCAUGCACUUGGAGCGGGUGAAGAAGGGCAUGGAGGUCCAGAUAAAGGACAUGACCACUAGACUGGAUGAAGCUGAGCAGCUGGCCAUGAAAGGAGGCAAGAAGAUCAUCCAGAAGCUGGAAGGCAGGGUGAAAGAACUAGAGUUGGACUUGGACAACGAGCAGAAGCGGCACGCCGAGACCGUCAAAAACCUGCGGAAGAAUGAGCGGCGUCUGAAGGAGCUGCUGUUCCAGUCGGAGGAGGACCAGAAGAACCAGCAGAGGAUGCAGGAACUGGUGGAGAGACUCCAGAUUAAAAUGAAAGCGUAUAAGAGACAAGUGGAGGAAGCGGAGGAGCAGGCCAAUAUGAACCUGGCCAAGUACAGAAAGACUGUUCACGAGUUAGAUGAUGCAGAGGAGCGGGCCGACAUAGCUGAGACAGCUCUCACUAAAAUCAGGACUAAGCACAGAGGCAGCUUUGGCAAGGGCUACUCAUCUGGAUACAGCACUCCCUAUCCAGGGCUCAUAAGAUCACCCAGUUCUGUGGGGUCAGAAGGGCGAGGAGAGAAGACCCCUAAUGAUGAUGAGUCUGUCAGCUCUCUUAUUCCCACAUAUUUGAAUUCAAUCAAGAAACUGAUGAUUGAUUAGAAUCAGAAGAGAUCUGUCGCCUGGAAUCCUAAACGCAGACACCAUUCUACAUCCAGAUUUACUGUAAUAAUCAUAAAAACAUCAAUCUUUUUAUCACUUUAUGUAUGUAUUAUUACAUUUUACCAGUUUGUAUACUAUUUUAAUUAUUCAUCAAGAAAUGAGUAUCCUGUUUGUAAUAUUGACAUAAUGUGGCAUUCGAUUAUACUCGCACUCGGAUCUGUUUCAUUGAUUUUGUAAGAAACCCCCGAGAUCUAUUUAAAGACAUCUCAAUUUCUCAGGCCUUC